ACAUCUCGCAACUGUCACGAGGCCGCAACCCAAUAGGUCACCACAGACCGACGUGGUAGAGAAGAGAGGUUGAGAGUCAGGCGGCCAUGGCGUGGCGGUCGAAUCUGUCUCGCGGCGUGAAAGAGCUCCGCUUCCUCUUCUGCCAGUCCUCCCCCGCGAGCGCCGCUACCCGCGAUUUCGUGCAGAAGAACUACGGGGAGAUCAAGAGCCUGAACCCGGCGCUCCCCAUCCUCGUCCGCGACUGCUCCGGCGUCCAGCCCCAGCUCUGGGCCCGUUACGAUAAGGGUGUUGAGAGGUGUGUAAAGUUGGAUGGUCUGACGGAGGCUCAGAUUAACAAGAAGCUGGAGGAACUUGCCAAGUCAGGAAAGGCUAUUUAACAGCUCAUAAUAUUGGCUGUCGUUUAUUUCUGUGUGUUAAAGUGCAUUUUUAAAUUAAAAGAGGGCAUCAUCCUUCGACAGAUAUUGUGUUGGCAUGAUUAUUGUAGAAUUCAAAUGUGAAAUGUAAACGGCUACCAUUUCCCCAAUUUAGCUGCUUUCACGGUUGGGCAUUGUA